UCUCCAAUAAGAGUCUUACAUGACCUCCAUUGUGAAAUUAGGACUCUGAAGGAAAAUGUUAAUGCCAGUCUUGAUAAGAGUUGCUCUAAAAAACAAGCGAUUCAUGACUUUAUGAAGGCAAGUGAAAUACUGAGACAAAGAAAUGCAGCAGAUCUUGGAAAAAUAAGAGAGCUGUUCCAGAAAUAUGGCUACAAACCACCUGUAAAAGACUCUACAGAAGAGAAGGAAGAAACAGUUAAGGGUGAUUUGACAGCGUCUGUCCAGAAUAAAUCGGAUGAAGAAAAAGCAGACCUGCCAGCCUGUGCCAAGCAGCCACUGGCGCCCAAGGACCCGCUGCGCAGCCCCCAGCUCGCUGAUUUUGGGCUUUCCCAAUACGCCUUCCCCAGGGCUUGGAGUGCAGGGAGAGGACAGCACGCAGCGAGCGCCUAUCAAGAAACUUUAAAGAACAGGACUCCACUAAAAACACACACCCCCUGUGUUUUGCCCAAAACGCCAAAAUGCAUGCUGAAGAUGGACGAUUAUGAGUGUGCAACACCAAAACUCGAACACUUUGGCAUUAGUGAACACACCAUGUGUAUGAACGAAGACUAUACGAUGUCGCUUAUUUGCAAAACGGCUCAGGCAAGCACAAAGUUGGUUAAAGAUGUUCAAGAACUGAAAGUACGAGAAAUGAGAUCCAGGGAAGUCAUGGUCACUCCUCAGCCAAAAUCAAAAGUGAGAGCUGAGAAUACAGCUGAUUGGAUGGCUUCUCCUAUGGUACUUGUGUUCUGUACUCCUGAUGUGAAAGCUUCUUCCAGUACAAGUAGAACAGUAUUAUCGAGGUCACCAGAAACAAAAGAACUGCCUCCUCCCAGUCACACAGAAACACCACGGCUUCCAGAUUUUGAAACAAGAUGGCUAAAACCAGAAGCUAAGGUACAGGAGGAGAAGAUUGAGUCAGUGACAAAGAACAAUGCAGCAGAUAAACAACACACGGGGAAUAGAAUUCCUUUUGCCGUGAGCUCCGAUGAGUACCUUCAACAUCUUGGAGACCCUUCACCUCCCAAAAUAGAACCUUAUGAUCAGUUACUCAAUACUCCUCCACCUCCAGAAAUAACAAGGAUACCAGAUGAUGUUUUACAGUUUAUGUCCAAGUAUAAUCAUAAAGUAGACUACUCUAAAGCAAAGGAAAUGGAGACCAAGGCAGGAAAUACUACAAGAUGUGAAAGCAAUUACACUGAUUACUGCAACAAAGAGAACAG